AUGACGCCUUCGAUCCUUGACCGUUGGUGGUUCCGAGCGUUUGCUGCCGUUGCACUAUUCUUUCUAUGCCAACUAGGUUUUAUUAUUUCUAAAGUGCAAAAUCUGGAUGAAGAGAAGAUUACGCUGCUAGCAGAGAUCCAAACAUUGGAACGAAAAAGGGAUGGACUACUUCUGGACAUCUCGAAUAAAGAACGUGAAAUUUAUCGACUAGACAGAAGAGAACAACAAUUAGAGGUCUUAGUUCGUGAUCGUUUGAGUCUUGUGGGUCCGGAUAGGAAGAAUGCUCCUAUGAUCUAUUUCGUUACUCCUACCGCUUUUCGACCUGCCCAAAAAGCUGAUCUCACAAGACUGUCCUAUGCUCUCUCCCAUGUUCCAAACCUACAUUGGAUAGUGAUUGAAGACGCAGAUUCCGUUUCGGAUAGUAUCGCGAGGAUACUGAAACGAUCCCGAUUGCCUCACACUCAUCUAAAUGUUAGAACUCCGACGAACAUGAAGAUGAAGUUUUCUGAUCCAAGUUGGUAUUUGCCUAGAGGUGUACCUCAACGAAAUGCUGCCUUGUCUUGGAUAAGGACGCAGCUCUCGCGAGCAAAGACGGGAGCAAUUUAUUUCGGCGACGAUGAUAACACAUAUGAUUUGCGAUUGUUUGAUGAGAUCCGAUCGAUAAAAGUUGUGGGAAUUUGGCCGGUUGGCAUCGUCGGAGGUUUGGUGGUGGAAAAGCCGUUAUUAGCUGGGAAUGGUUCAGUAAUAGGAUUUAACGCUGUUUGGAAGCCGGAACGUCCAUUUCCCAUCGAUAUGGCUGCUUUUGCAGUAAACCUUACUCGUGUUAUUGCAAACCCCAAAGCUUCAUUUUCGUAUGACGUAGCAAGAGGCUAUCAGGAGUCGAACUUUCUGACCGGUUUAGGACUAUCACGAUUGGAUCUGGAACCGAAAGCGGAGAAUUGUACUCGUGUUUAUGUGUGGCAUACUAGAACCGAAAAGAGCAAACUCUCAGAAAACGCAACUAUGGGAGAACGAAAAGGUCAAAAUUUCUACUAUCCACCGGAUUUUGACUACAAGAAGCACAAAAGUUUAAAUCGAUACCAUGGCACGCAUGCACUACGUGAACGAGCUCAUAAAAUAUCGCAAGGGAUUCUCAUUAUUAGAUUUGAAAUGCCAUUUAACAUAUGGUGCCUUGGUUGUAAUAACCAUGUUGGUAUGGGUGUACGGUACAAUGCGGAAAAGAAGAAAAUUGGAAUGUACUACACAACACCAUUGUACGAAUUUCGAAUGAAGUGUCAUUUGUGCGAUAAUUAUUUCGUUAUACGAACGGACCCAAAGAAUUUUGACUAUGAAUUAGUAGAAGGAUGUUCACGGCAAGAAAAACGAUUCGAGCCAUCGGAAAUCGACCAAAUUGAUACUUCGGAUAGCGACUUCAGUCACAAAUUGGCUGCGGAUGCAAUGUUCAAGACAGAGCAUCAGGAGGAGGAUAAAGGCAAAGCGACCAACGAAGAAUCUCGCAUGGAAAAAAUUGAAUGGGUUCAAGAGAGGCUUCGAGAUGAUUUUGCUGCAAAUCAAGCUCUGCGAGCACAAUUUAGGAAAGAGAAGAAGGAACUCACCGAAAAGCGAGCUCGCGACGAUGAUCUCCGCUCACGAUGUUCUCUGAGCAUUCCUCUCGUUCCAGAAGAUCCACAUGAUAAGAAAGUGGCCGAGAUGCUAGCACGAUAUCGAACAGUUAAAUCAUAUGAUGAACGUAAAGAGGAGCGACGGAAGGAAAUCACUGCAAAACGGAUAUUCCCAUCAACUUCUGGACCAUCGACAUCAUCUGCUGAGAUAACCACCCCUUCUUCAAUCGAGCGCUUGAAAAAUAGCAUACGACGAGAUCGUGAUCGAAGAAUAAAUGAUAAUUUUGAAUCCGGACCGACUCCCAAGAAAUCGUCUUUGUCGCUCGGAGUUGUACGAAAGAACAUAAAAAGGGAGGUGGACGAAGAUGAGGAAGACGUGAUGGUGGAUAGUGUUGUGGCCGUGGACUUGAAAGAUGCUAAGAAAGAGGAGAAUGGCACCGUCUCAAAGAGUGGCCUCGUUGCUGAUUAUGACUCAUCAGGAUCAGAGUAA